AUGACCUCUGAGCAACCAACAACCACUGAUGAAUUAAUUACUACUGUAUCAACAAUGAACUCUAAACAACCAAAAACCGCUGAUGAACCAACAACCACUGUGAUAUCAACAACCCCUGGGCAAUCGACGACCACUGAUGAACCAACAACCACAUUUAUGCAAACAACCACUGUUACCAACGACCUCUCCACAGUUUCACCAACCUCUGAGCAACCAAUAACUAUUGAUGAAAAAACAACCACUGUGACACAAGCGACCUCUGAACAGCCAACAACAACUGUUUUACAAACAACCAUUGGGUCACCAACGACCUCUGACGAACCAACGACCACAGUUUCAGUUUCAACGACUCAAACCUCUGAUUACACAACAACCACUCCGUCACCAAAAACCACUGUUGAACCAACAACCACAGUUUCAAACACAACCACUGUGUCAUCAACGACCUUUGGACAACCAACAACCACUGAUGAUCCAACAAAUACAGUUUCACAACCUCUGAUUUUACAAACAACCACAGUGUCACUAACGACCUCUGGCCAACCAACAACCACAGUUUUACAAACAACCACAGUGUCACUAACGACCUCUGGCCAACCAACAACCACAGUUUUACAAACAACCAUUGUACAAACAACUGAAACAGCAAGGACCUCAGACCAACCAACACCCACUGAUGAAUCAACAACCAAAGUUUUACAAACAACCACUUUCUCACCAACGACUUCUGACCAAGUAGCGACCUUUGACCAAACAACCAUAGUUUCAGCAACCACCGUGUCACCAAUUAUUUCUGACCAACCAACAACCACAGUUUUACAAACAGCCUCUAAUUUCACAAACAUUGUGUCACAAACGAUCUCUGAACAACCAACAACCACUGUGUUACAACCAAACAAUGGGUCACCAAGGACCUCUGACCAACCAACAACCACAGUUUCAAAAACUAACACUGUUUCACCAACGACCUUUGGGCAACCAACAACCACAGUUUCACAAACAACCAAUGCAUCACAAACGACCUCUGAGCAACCAAUAACCGCUGUGUCACCAACGACCUCCAGAACCUUCUUUAUCGAUUCGACUGUAUUAGAUAGCAUCAUGACCGCGAUAGAAGCAGCAAGUAGUGUCGUGGGAGACCAAGUCCAAUCAGUUCAAUUGCACCUGGUGCGUUACGACUCCCAAGUAGGUCACUUCCUUGACUUACAUGGAGGAUUGUUAGAAAGAAAAUUGAAGGUUAACGUGGGUGAUCGCGGAUAUGUCAGAUGCCCUCCAACAACCACCGAAUUACAUACAACGGUAACUAAGCUCCCCACCAAUGAAAAUAUAACUACACUGCCACCUACUUCCACUAAACAUCCAACGACUACAAUGCAGUCAACACCACUGAAAACUACCGAGGAACAAACAACCGGAGUUAUAUCAACUACUAUGUCACCAAAAGCCACUGAGCAAACAAUCACACCAUCAACAAUAACCACUGACCCACCAACGACAAAAAAUCAACGAACCACACGGCCACUAACAGCCACUGCACAAUCAAUCACCACGGUUCCACAAAUAACUACUAUGUCCCCAAUGACCUCUGAGCAACCAACGACCACAGUUUUACAAACAACCACUGUGUCACCAACGACCACUGAGCAACCAACAACCAGUGAUGUAAUAACCACAAUUUUAAAAACAACUGCUGUGUCACCAACGACUUCAGAGCGACCAACGACCACUGAUGGGCCAACAACCACAGUUUUACAAACAACCACUGUUUCACCAACGCCCACAGAGCAACCAAUAACCACUUAUGAACCAACAACCACAGUUUUACAAACCGUUUCACCAACGACCUCUGACCAACCAACAACCAGUGAUGUAAUAACCACAGUUUUACAAACAACCACAUUUUCACCAACAACUUAUGAGCAACCAACGACCACUGAUGAACCAACAACCAGUGAUGUAAUAACCACAGUUUUACAAACAACCACAUUUUCACCAACAACUUAUGAGCAACCAACGACCACUGAUGAACCAACAACCGAAGUUUUACAAACAACCAUUGUUUCAGCAACGACCUCUGAGCAACCAAGAACCACUGAUGAGCCAACAACCACUGUGUCACCAAUGUCAGUACCACCAAUCAGCACAGUGCCACCAACAUCAGAAUCAUCGACAACAGUACCACCAACCAGCACAGUGCUACCAACAACAGAACCACCGAUAACUGUGGCACCAACAGAACCACCGACAGCUGUGCCACCAAUCACCACAGUGCCACCAACAUCAGAACCGCCGAUAACUGUGACACCAACCACCACAGUGCCAUCAACAUCAGAACCACUGACAACUGUGCCACAAACCAGAACAGUGCCACCAACAUCAAAACCACCGAAAAGUGUGUCACCAACCACCACAACUGUGCCACCAACCACAACAGUGCCACCAACAACUGUGCAAACAGAACCACCGACAACUGUGCAACCAACCACCACAGUGCCACCAACAUCAGAACCGCCGACAACUGUGCCACCAACCACCACAGUGCCACCAACAACAGAACCACCAACCACCGCAGUGCCACCAACAACAGAACCGCCGACAACUGUGCCACCAACAACAGAACCGCCGACAACUGUGCAACCAAGCACCACAGUGCCACCAACAACUGUGCCACCAACCACCACAGUGCCACCAACAACAGAACCGCCGACAACUGUGACACCAAACACCACAGUGCCACCAACAACGAAACCACCGACAACUGUGCAACCAACCACCACAGUGCCACCAACGACAGAACCACCGACAACUGUACCACCAACCAGCACAGUGCCACCAACAACAGAACCACCGACAACUGUGCAACCAACCAGCACAGUGCCACCAACAACAGAAACACCGACAACUGUGCCACCAACCACCACAGUGCCACCAACAACAGAACCACCGACAACUGUGCCACCAACCACCACAGUGCCACCAACAACAGAACCACUAACAACUGUGCCACCAACCACCACAGUGCCACCAACAACAGAACCGCCGACAACUGUGCCACCAACCACCACAGUGCCACCAACAACAGAACCACCGAAAACUGUGCCACCAACCACCACAGUGCCACCAACAACAGAACUGCCGAAAACUGUGCCACCAACCACCACAGUGCCACCAACAACGGAAUCACCGACAAAUGUGCCAUCAACCACCACAGUACCACCAACAACAGAACCACCGACAACUGUGACACCAACCACCACAGUGCCACCAACAACAAAACCACCAACAACUGUUCCGCCAACCACCACAGAACCACCGACAACUGUGCAACCAACCACCACAAUGCCACCAAUAACAGAACCACCGACAACUGUGCCACCAACCACCACAGUGCCACCAACAACAGAACCACCGACAACUGUGCAACCAACAACCACAGUGCCACCAACAACAGAACCACCGACAACUGUGCAACCAACAACCACAGUGCCACCAACAACAGAACCAUCGACAACUGUACCACCAACCAGCACAGUGCCACCAACAACAGAACCACCGACAACUGUGCAACCAACCACCACAGUGCCACCAACUGUGCAACCAACCACCACAGUGCCACCAACAACUGUGCCACAUGUUCAUGACUACAGCAACAUGUAUACAGCAGCAAAAGUCACUUUCACAACUGUGCCACCAACCACCACAGUGCCACCAACAACUGUGCAACCAACCACCACAGUGUCACCAACAACAACUCUGCCACCAACAACAGAACCGCCGACAACUGUGCCACCAACCACCACAGUGCCACCAACAACAGAACCACCGACAACUGUGCCACCAACCACCACAGUGCCACCAACAUCAGAACCGCCGACAACUGUGCAACCAAACACCACAGUACCACCAACAACUGUGCUACCAACCACCACAGUGCCACCAACAACUGUGCUACCAACCACCACAGUGCCACCAACAACAGAACCGCCGACAACUGUGCAACCAACCACCACAGUGCCACCAACAACUGUGCAACCAACCACCACAGUGUCACCAACAACAACUCUGCCACCAACAAUAGAACCACCGACAACUGUGCCACCAACCACCACAGUGCCACCAACAACAGAACCGCCGACAACUGUGCAACCAAACACCACAGUACCACCAACAACUGUGCUACCAACCACCACACACAGUGUCACCAAUAAGAGAGCCGUCGACAACUGUACCAACUACCAGAGUCCCACCAACAACAGAACCGCCGACAACUAUGCCACCAACCAGCACAUUGCCACCAACAGAACCGUCGGUAACUGUGACACCAAUCACCACAGUGCCACAAACAGACUUGCUGUCAACUGUGCCACCAACCAAUACAGAGCUAUCAACCGGUAUAAACUGCAGCAAAAACAAACACAGUUACUUCAAGAAAUUGAAAGACUCGAGAACCAGAUUGCUGCCUCCAACGCCACUCUCACAGCUCUGCAAAACACCAAUGAAGCCCUGCAACGAGUCAUUGAAGCCAUCGAGGAAGCCGCUGGCAAUUCCGGAAGGAAGCGCCGAUCGCUUACUUACUCUAUCGAUCAAGAUGGCGACACUGUCACGGUCGAUCCAUAUUGUGAGGUAAAUCAGGACAAUGCCGUGACUGGCAACCCAACAGAUCUGCUUCUUACAAUGAUCAAUGAUCUCUCCACCAAGCUGUCCAACCUCACAACCGACCAAAUCACUUGCUUCAAUCAACUCAUUGAUAAUUUCGCCACACUCAUAGAGAAUGGAACCUUCGUUAUCGAUUCGACUGUAUUAGAUAACAUCACGACCGCGGUAGAAGCAGCAAGCAGUGUCGUGGGAGACCAAGUCCAAUCAGUUCAACUGCUCGUCAAUAUUUUGCAAGAACAAAAACAAAAUAAAACGGAUGAGCUUGACCAAGUGGAGAGCCAAAUAGCAGCAACAACAGCUGGUGCGUUGCGACUUCCAUACCCUCCAACAACCACCGAAUUUCAUACAACGGUAACUAAGCUCCCCACCAAUGAAAACGUAACUACACUGUCACCUACUUCCACUAAGCAACCAACGACUGCAAUGCAGUCAACACCACUGAUAACUACUAAGGAACUAACAAGCGGAGUUAUAUCAACUAUGUCACCAAAAGCCACUGAGCAAACAAUCACACCAACAUUAACCACUGACCCACCAACGACAGAAAAUCAGCGAACCACACGGCCACCAGCAACUACUGCACAAUCAAUCACCACGGUUUCACAAAUAACUACUAUGUCCCCAAUGACCUCUAAGCAACCUACAACCACUCAUGAACCAACCACAGUUUUACAAACAACCUCUGUCUCACCAACGACCUCCGAGCAACCAACAAGUGAUGUAACAACCACAAUUUUACAAACAACCACUUUUUCAACAACGAUCUCUGAGCGACCAACAACCAUUGAUGGGCCAACAACCACAGUCUUACAAACAACCACUCUUUCACCAACGACCACUGAGCAACCAAUAACCAGUGAUGUACCAACAACCACAGUUUUACAAACCACUGUUUCAGCAACGACCCCUGAACAGCCAAGAACCACUGAUCAGCCAACAACCACAGUUUUACAAAUAACCACAUGCCACCAACAGCAGAACCACCGACCACUAACCGCCGAUAACUGCGCCACCAACCACUACAGUGCCACCAACAACAGAACCACCGACAACUGUACCAAAAUCAUCAGAAUCACCGUUAACUAUGCCACCAACCACUACAGUGCCACCAACAACAGAACCACCGACAACUGUGCCACAAACAACAGAACCGCUGAUAACUGUGCCACCAACUACUACAGUGCCACCAACAUCAGAGCCACUAACAACUGUGCAACCAACCAACACAUGCCACCAACAAAAGAACUGCUGACAACUGUACCACCAACCAGCACAGUGCCACCUACAGCAGGACCACCAAAAACUAUGCAACCAACCAGCACAUGCCAUCAACAGAACCACCGACAACUAACCAACGACAACUGUGCCAAUAACAGAACCACCGAUAACUGUGCCGCCAACCACUACAGUGCCACCAACAACAGAAUCGCCGACAACUGUGCCACUAAACACCACGAACCACCGACAACUGUGCAACCAACCAGCACUGUGCCACCACCAACAGAACCGCCGACAACUGUACCACACACCAAACCGCCGAUAACUGUGCCAACAACCACCACAGUGCCACCAACAACAGAACCGCCGACAACUAUGCCACCAACCACUACAGUGCCACCAACAUCAGAACCACCAACAGCUGUGCAACCAACCAACACAGUGCCACCACCAACAGAACCGCCGACAACUGUGCCACAAACCACCACAGUCACCGACAACUGUGCCACAAACCAGCGCAGUGACACCAAUGAGAGAGCCGUCGACAACUGUUCCACCAACUACCAAAGUGCCAUCAACAACACUGCUGCUGACAACUUGACACCAACAGAACCGUCGAUAUCUGUGACACCAACCAGCAUAGUACCACAAACAAACUUGCAGUCAACUUUGCCACCAUCCAGUACAGUGCCACCAACAGAAUCAGCCACAAUACUUUCAACAUCUGUAAAACAAGAAACUACGCAAAAUACUUUAUCAGAACUGCAACAGAAAAAAACACAGUUACUUCAAGAAAUUGAAAGACUCGAGAACCAGAUUGCUGCCUCCAACGCCACUCUCACAGCUCUGCAGAACACCAAUGAAGCCCUGCAACGAGUCAUUGAAGCCAUCGAGGAAGCCACUGGCAAUUCCGGAAGGAAGCGCCGAUCGCUUACUUACUCUAUCGAUCAAGAUGGCGACACUGUCACGGUCGAUCCAUAUUGUGAGGUAAAUCAGGACAAUGCCGUGACUGGCAACCCAACAGAUCUGCUUCUUACAAUGAUCAAUGAUCUCUCCACCAAGCUGUCCAACCUCACAACCGACCAAAUCACUUGCUUCAAUCAACUCAUUGAUAAUUUCGCCACACUCAUAGAGAAUGGAACCUUCGUUAUCGAUUCGACUGUAUUAGAUAACAUCACGACCGCGGUAGAAGCAGCAAGCAGUGUCGUGGGAGACCAAGUCCAAUCAGUUCAACUGCUCGUCAAUAUUUUGCAAGAACAAAAACAAAAUAAAACGGAUGAGCUUGACCAAGUGGAGAGCCAAAUAGCAGCAACAACAGGUAGAAAACCAGUACACACAGUUUUGUCGACGUGUAUCAGCGUAUUUUCAUUAGACGGUACACGUUUAAUCACCGACAACUGUGCCAUCAACCACCACAGUGCACCAACAUCAGAACUACCGACAACUGUGCACCAACACCACAGUGCCACAAACAUCAGAACACCGACAACUGUGCCACAACAACAGAACACCGACAACUGUGCCACCAACAACAGAACCACUGUGCAACCAACAACCACAGUGCCACCAACAACUGUGCAACCAACAACCACAGUUUUACAAAUAACCACAUGUCAGCAACAUCAGAACCACCAACUGUGCCAUCAACCAGCAGAGUGCCACAAACAACAGAACCACCGACAACUAUGCUACCAACCAACACAGUGCCACAAACAACAGAACCACCGACAACAAACCACCGACAACUGUGCCACCAUCCACCACAGUGCCACAAAUAACAGACCCGCCGACAACUGUGCCAACAACAUCAGAUCCACUGACAACUGUGCCACCAACCACCACAGUGCUACAAACAUCAGAACUACCGACAACUUGCCACCAACAACAGAAUCACCGACAACUGUACUACCAACCAGCACAGAACCACCGACAACAGUGCCACACAGUGCCAACAACAGAACCGUUGACAACUGUACAACCAACAUCAGAACCACCGAAAACUAUGCCAUCAACCAGCACAGUGCCACCAACAACAGAACCACCGACAACUAUGCCACCAACCAGCUCAGUGCCAACAACAGAACCGCUGAUAACUGUGCCACCAACCAGCACAGUGUCACCAACAACAGAUCCACAGACAACUUGCCACCAACAACAGAAUCACCGACAACUGUACUACCAACCAGCACAGAACCACCGACAACAGUGCCACCAACCACCACAUUGCUACCAACAACAGAACCACCAACAACUGUGCCACCAACCAGCACAGUGCCAACAACAGAACCGCCGACAACUGUAGAACUAACAUCAGAACCACCGACAACUAUGCCACCAACCACCACAGAGCUACCUACAUCAGAACCACCGACAACUGUGCCAACAACCAGCACAGUGCCACCAACAACAGAACCACCGACAACUGUGCUACCAACCAGCACAGAACCACCGACAACUGUGCCACACAGUGCCAACAACAGAACCGCUGACAACUGUACAACCAACAUCAGAGCCACCGAAAACUAUGCCAUCAACCAGCACAGUGCCACCAACAACAGAACCACCGACAACUAUGCCACCAACCAGCUCAUGCCAUCAACAACUGAAACGCCGACAACUGUGCCACCAGCAUCAGAGCCAACGACAACUGCGCCACCAACUACCACAACUGUGCCACCAACCACCACAGUGCCACCGACAACUGUGCCAAACACCGACAACUGUGCACCAACAACAGAACCACCGACAACAGUGCCACCAACAAAGAACCACGACAACUGUGCCAACAACCACCACAAACCAACGACAACUGUGCCAAUAACAGAACCACCGAUAACUGUGCCGCCAACCACUACAGUGCCACCAACAACAGAAUCGCCGACAACUGUGCCACUAAACACCACGAACCACCGACAACUGUGCAACCAACCAGCACUGUGCCACCACCAACAGAACCGCCGACAACUGUACCACACACCAGUAGAGUGCCACCAACAACAGAACCACCAAAAACUGUGCAACCAACCGGCACGAACCGCCGAUAACUGUGCCAACAACCACCACAGUGCCACCAACAACAGAACCGCCGACAACUAUGCCACCAACCACUACAGUGCCACCAACAUCAGAACCACCAACAGCUGUGCAACCAACCAACACAGUGCCACCACCAACAGAACCGCCGACAACUGUGCCACAAACCACCACAGUUGCCACCAACAACAGGACCACACCGACAACUGUGUCACCAACCACCACAGUACUACCAACAACUGA